UUCUUUGCUCUUUUAAAAAUAAAGCACUGCAGGCUCUGUUAAUGCAUGAUGUAACUUCACAGUCAUUAAACUAUGAUUUCACAGACUAAGAGGCAUUAUGCAAAAUUAAUACUUGGGCCCCAAGUAGACAGGAAAUGCAGUAUUAUUCCAGGAUCCAUAUCUGCAGGCACUAGAGUCAAGUCGGAUAUUUCUAGCUUCAAGAACAUUGAAGAGCAUAGAUACAGGAUAAAGGAAUGGAGUAUAAGACCUGUUUAGUACUAGCUACCGCCUUGUGUUUUGGAUUUGUUUGCCCUCAAAAAGAUAGUCGCCCACCAUAUGCCUGCCAAUGUCUAAUGGAAACCAGUGAAAGAGAGGGAUGUGAAUUUUCUUCAGAAAACAUUACUGCAGAGCAGUGCACAGAAAAUGGGUGUUGCUUUGAUGCAUCGUUGCCUGAUGUCCCUUGGUGCUUCAGACCAUCAGGUGAAAGAGCUUCAGUAACCUAUGCAAGGAAAAUGAUUCCAUCUCAAGAAAGAAAGGAGUGUGGCUAUCAAGGGAUCACACGCAAAAGGUGCAAACGAAUUGGAUGCUGCUUUGAUUUAAAGGCAUCUGGUGGACCAACUUGUUUUCAUCCUCCAGUAAAUGAUGCUUCUCAACACUGUGUAAUGGAAGGGAGUGCAAGGCUAGAAUGUGGUUACCCGGGCAUCACUGCUGAGGAAUGCCAAGCAAAGGGAUGUUGCUUCAAUUCAUAUGACAUCAGUACCCGGUGGUGCUUUCAUCCUCUGUCGGACACAGUACCUGCAAGGCAAUGUGGAAUGGUACCCAAGAAACGAGUAUCGUGUGGAGCUCCUGGCAUCUCUGCUGAUGAAUGCAUGGCGAAAGGAUGCUGCUAUGAACAUUACCAGUAUGCCAAAAUGGUCCCCUGGUGUUUCCAGCCACAUGAAAGACAAGGGAACUAUUCUGUCUCCAGUGAAAAAGAUGAUGCAGAGAGAUUCCAGCACUUGAUCCUUCGAGUUGUCCCUCCACAGAGAACUUCUUAUGAUUCAACAUCUCUUCUAAUUUGGACUCAUAGGUUUGGUCUCAUAGCAAAAUGCCGAUGUGACGUUGAUCCCUACAAACGAUCCAACUGUGGACCUCCUGGGAUCACUCCCCAGAAAUGCAAAAAUUCAGGAUGUUGCUUCAAUUCAACAGUGCCAGGAGUCCCUUGGUGCUUCAAACCAGCCCCUCCAAAAUCAAAAUGCCGAUGUGAUGUUGAUCCCUACAAACGAUCCAACUGUGGACCUCCUGGGAUCACUCCCCAGAAAUGUGAAAAUUCAGGAUGUUGCUUCAAUUCAACAGUGCCAGGAGUCCCUUGGUGCUUCAAACCAGCCCCUCCAAAAUGUAAUCCAUCUCUGUGAUUAAAACAAGACUUUCCAGUUCUUAAAU